UGUAGGUGUACGCAUCAUUUCAGUGUGCAUGUGAAGUUAUUUAGAAGAGCACCCAGGUUGUUGUUGGUUUUUGUUUUGCCCCUCACAACGUCACUUUCACGGUGUGCCCCUCACAAUGGCGCUCCUAUGGAGCGGGAUCUCGGUGAAGCGGGCUGUCGGAAUGGUCUAAUCAGAGGUGGUUUUUUCAGGAAUUACUGGCGUUUUCAAACCGUUCAGACAAUGUGAAUUUUAAACCGCGAAUGAGAGGAAGCAUACAGACUGCAUCCUGUUUUUCCCCUAAGUGAUUUAAACCUGACGGCCUAGCAUCUUGUUUGCGAAGCCUGGGUCUCGAGUUGGAAGUCGCUCCGUGGAAACCGUGGAAAUAAAGAUGGGCCCAGUGCGAGAGUCCAAGAUGAACGAGGGCCUGUUGAACAAGAGUCUUUGACAUUAAUAUGCCCUGACUGCAAGGGAUGUCUGCUUCUCACAGCUUCAGAUCUGAAACCUCUUAUUAGUGAGGCACAUCUGCAUGGAACAGACUACAUUUCUCCAAUUACCUGGCUUUGUUUAUCGUCUGGAAAUGCCUCUGCCAUUGGAUUGAAGACAUCAGUCUGCUUUCCUGUUGCUACACCCUGCUUCUCCUCUACUUUCACCAUCCCUCUGCCUCACAUUUUUCCCUGAUCCCCCUUAUUCAUUAUAAACUCUCUUUUCCAACCUUUUGCGAUCUUCACACUUUCUCUGCUUUUUGGUUUCCCAAUUUUACUUCACCUCUCACACUGUACCUUCAAACUAAAUUUAUUACCUUUCUCCUUUCUCUCUCUUUUGCUGAACCCUAGUCCUUUCACUUCAGCUUUCCUGUUUUGUUUCCUCUUUUUCUUGUUUUUUUACAAGCCUCAUCUCUCUCUUCAUACCCAAUCCAUACACUUUUUUUCACCCUCCCAGUUUCCUUGCGACUCUCGCUUUCAAAAACUGCUAAUUUUCUAAACCUUGAAAACCUCUCACUUCUCUUACAAUUUCUUGUGUUAUACAAACAAUAAUUUAUUGUGUUCCUGCUACCCAUGUGUCAGGCCUUCUCCCUUUCUCCCUUAUUCUUUGCCUAAAUAAAAUUCUCCAUCCUCCCUUUUAUCUUUCUCCCUUCCCUGCUCUCUCAUUCUCUACCUAAUUGUCACCCCUUAACUUCUCUCAUUUACCCAGUCUCUCUGUCCCAUUCUAAGUAAGAUGCUUUGCAUGGGACGCUCUCUGGACUCUCCUUGUACUCUGGCCAUACUUGUAGGUUUUCAGUUUGCCUUCGUGGUCUAUUUCUCUCUGGGGGGGUUCAAGGGCCUGGUGUCAGUGCUGGUUCGCUCUUCGGACCCUGAGUUUGACUACUCCAAACCCCAUGACGUCUACACCAAUCUUAGUCAGCUGGUGCCUCCACCAAAUCCUGCAGAGACCGCUGGAAUCGCUGUGGCAACAGGCAGGGGUCACCUGAAGGACUGCCCAGAAACCUCUCCUCUACUGGUGGGUCCAGUUGCUGUCGUCCUGUCGUCAUCGCUGUCUCUUGCCCAGAUACAGGAGCGCAACCCCCUGGUUUUGCCAGGCGGCCGCUACCUUCCUCCAGAUUGCGAACCUCGGCACCACACCGCUGUCAUCAUCCCCUACCGCAACAGACAAGCCCACCUGCGGGCUCUGCUGUACCACAUCCACCCCUUCCUGCAGAGACAACAGCUGCACUACGGCAUCUACAUCGUACACCAGGCAGGAAAUGCCACCUUCAACCGGGCAAAGCUGUUGAAUGUGGGUGUAAAGGAGGCACUGAGGGAUGAGGAGUGGCAAUGUCUGUUUCUUCAUGAUGUGGACCUACUCCCUGAAAAUGACCACAACCUCUAUGUUUGUGACCGCAAGUCACCCAAGCAUGUGUCAGUGGCCAUGGAUAAGUUCAGAUACAGGUUGCCCUAUCCUCAGUAUUUUGGGGGGGUAUCAGCUGUAACACCGGACCAGUACUUGAAGAUGAAUGGGUUUCCCAACCAGUACUGGGGCUGGGGUGGGGAGGAUGACGAUAUUGCUGCCAGAGUGCGAUUGUCUGGAAUGAAGAUCAUAAGGCCCUCAGUAUCAGUGGGACAUUAUAAGAUGAUAAAGCACAGAGGUGACAAAGGGAAUGAGGAAAACCCCCGCAGGUUUGACUUGCUGAUGCGCACUAGAAGGAACUGGAAUUCAGAUGGUGUGAACUCCCUGACCUAUGAACUCUUGUCCAAGAAGCUGGAACCACUGUACACUAACUUGUCAGUCAACAUUGGGGAGGACCCUCGAAAACCACAGAAGAAGCCCCUUGACACAAGUUCAAAAGGUACCCACAAUGUGACUGUUCCCUCUCUGGUGUUCAAAUCCAUGGACCUCCACAAAGUGGAAAACUUGCAAGAAGGUGGGACAGUACUUGAAAAGGACAGAUCAGUAUCUAAAAAUGGAGCAUUCGAAAAUAAAGACGCAGGCAGAUAUGCAAAUAAAGGCGGAGUCAAGCAAAGUAAGGAUUAUGUGGGUGUGGCUUUACCAGAAAGGGGAGAAACUGUGAGCCAGGCUAUGGGAGUAAACACGCGAGAGGGCGGAGUCAGGAAUGUAACAGCUCAGGUUACAUAAUGGGACAGGACCUAGCUACUGUUGAAUUGUGGCUGUGUCCCACCAGUUCAGCUGCUGUUGCACAACCUCCAUAUCAUUGCUGGUGGAAAAAGGCAGAUCAUUCUCAGUGAUCUGUCAAUUGCUGAAUUAAAAUCAAAACGCUGUACAAGCCCUACCCCUCCUUGUACUUGUUUCUGUGCCUUUUUGUUCAUUUUGUAUGUAUUUGUAAUCUCCUGCAGAAUAUAUUGAUGAGAUUUUCCUUAAAAGACAUUUCAGAAGCGCCAGCUUUUGUGUGUGCGUGUUACUUAAACAAAUGAUUGCGUACGACAUUCUUGAAGUAAGCUGUGAAGAGGUUGGAGAUCAUCCCUUACAUUGUGGUGUUUCUAUCAAAUGUGGUGGUCUGUUUUUCUUACAAAAUGGAUUAUGUGUGUAUGCAUAUUUGUGGACUGAAGUAUUGGCACCAUUAAUUUGAAACAAUUGUAUUCCCUCAGCCAUUUAAUAGUUUAUUCAGAUACUUCAGAGUUUAUGAAACACUGAUUAAUUUCUGUAAAGUAUUAGUAAAGAUAUAGAUAUUUACAGAGUUGAAUAUAUGGUCAGUGACAUAUGUCUGGGCCAAUAUUUACCUAGAAUAUUUACUGCUGCUUACCAAGGUAAAACACAAAUAUAAUGUAAUGUUUAAUGUAGUAAAUUGGAGAAAAUAGUUUUAAAUGAAGGGCCGAUACUUUUGUCUGUGACUGUUUGUAAGUAUAUUCAAUGAAGUGUGAGCUAUGGUGACAAUACUUUCUUAAUUGAACAAUCAAAUAUUAUGAAAUCCUUCGGACAAUCUGUGCAGUAUUACAACAUAUCAAAUAGGUUUUGUGUUUGCCAUGAUGUUUGAAGUUUAAUUCCACUUGUACUCUUUGCUAAAUUGAGUGCAUUAUUUAACUGGGGAAAUGUAGUAUUUUUUAGCAGCUACAAAAAUAUGCAGUACAAUUAAAUGUAGAUUGACAUUUUUGUCCUUGUGGUGUACUCCAAGAGAGCUUGCAAAGAACAUUUGUAAAGCUUAUUUGGAGUAUAAUCAAUACUAUUUCAAAUAUGAGUAUUCUGAAUACAAAAUAUUGAAUAUAAGAAUAACAACAAAAAUUACUAGUCUAUGUAACAAAAAUAACUCUACGUCUAUACUUUAUAUGCAGAUAUUAAAUUGGACAUAUACAUUGAAAAACUGAACACAAUCUGACUCCUAAAAAGCUACAAUGGGCUACAAGUAAAAACUUGCUUUAAUCAGCAAGCAAGGAGUUAAUUUAAAAGGCUUACUUGUAGUCUAAGACACUAUAUAUUUAGCUAUUUCUUGAUUAGCAUCAGUAUAUUUAGUAUAUAAAUAUCUCCCACAGUAUUAUAAAAUAAUCUUGUCUUUAAAUGUUGCUUGUACUUUUAUGUGGGGAUAGCUAAUUUCUACUGUACAGUAUUGAGGUUGGUACAGUAUUAAGGGUAAAUGUGGUCUACAUAUAAUGUUGAGUUAUUUUGAUUCCACGUACUUGUAAAAUCAUUAUUCAGAAUAUUUUUGGAAUAAUCAAAUUUGAAAUUGUAAGGUAUUCUGAAUAUUUACGUGAUAAUGUUGUGACUCUUCUGCAUCUAUAGCUCUUGAGGAAAACCACUAUUCUAGGUGUUCCCAGUAUCAGCUACUUAAGACUUGAACCAAUUAUCUGUUUUCCAGUUAAUCGAUUUAAGGGGUUUAAUGUCAACCCAAAUGGAUAAAAUAACAUCCAGAAGUCCCUGCUGCUGAGCGCUGGUGUUUACCAUUUUUCAUUUACAUAUUGUUCAAAUCUGCAGUUUGUAUCGGUUCAGUUAUUUGGCUUCUAGGUUUGCAUUUCUUGUAGUGAGGCUGAUGUCUGCUGUCAAAAUCCAUUCUGACGUACCAUCCAUCUCUGGUAUUUUAGAUCAGAUCAGCCUAUGGGAGUGCAACACAGUCGCCUUUGUCUACCCAAAUUCAUAGCUUACAAGUUUGGAAUAUCAGGUGUCAUUUAGUCUUUAACUGUGAACCAGUAAUUAUGAUAAAACCUCCUGACUUUUCAUAGACUACCAGUGCAAGAGAACUUCUGCUUUAUGUCAGGAGAUGGAGAAGAUUCUGGACAUACCUGUGACUUUACUGCUUUUGGUUUUUUUCUUUGUUCAUUGCAGUUUAUUGUAGUUUUUGUCUUGUUUUGCACUACAAAUGAUUGUUUUGUAAAUACAAAUCUGUUAAAAAUGUGCUAAAUCUCUAGGUGCCUCUAUAUAAAAACAAUCACUCUCUAGCAGUUUCCAGAUACAUAGCUUUUGUUUUUUAAAUUACUCCAUUAUUCCUUCCACUUCUUGUCUAAACUGAGUCUGCUUAAUACCUAUAUGGAAAGACCACUCUUUUUAGACCAAAUCUUACCCGUUAGUUGCAGAAGUUUCUGUUUAUUCCAGUUAACAAAUUUCCUUAAUUUUACAUGUUAAAUCAUGACAAAAAUAUUAUCAGAUUAUCCAUUUUGCUCUUAAAAUAAUUAAUGAAGGAACUGGAAUAUUUUGCACUGAGAUUAAAAUAACAUGUAGGGCAAAGCUGCUUUUUGUUGAUUUAAGGCAAAUCAUUGUCCUAUAUUCCCUUUCUGAUGCUUAAGUGAGAUUGAAAUUCAGAUAUUUGAGUUUUUGUUUUUAAAGAUGGUUUUGAGACUUGACUGAGCAGUAUAACAUUUGACUGCUACCAUAAUAUAUGUAGUUAAUAAUCCUCUGAUGAUUUAAUAACUAAACAUCUGAAAGAUGGCAAAUAAAUGUUAGUAACACUCAAGAUUGCUGGAUGUAUAAAGUCUAAGAUUUUAUUUUAAAACUUAAAUGAGUAAUUAAUAUCAUUAGUUUAGUUCAUUUCCAGGUUAUUCUUAAUUACUAGUUAUUGAUUGUCUUUGUGUCAGUGAAUAAAGGAAUUUGCUGUGCAAUGCCUGAAACCCCAUAGAGAAAUUAUGUGUCAAAACGUGGUCAAGUGUGAUGAACCUUCACACCUUCUUUGCACAUACUGUAUAUAGAUAAAUUACUGAAGCAAUUAUUUAGGGUGGCAAAAGAUCCCAAAUUUGUCUCCAACUAAAUACCGGACAGCAUGAUGUGUUUAAAUAGGAAGGACUGUAUUCAGCUGUAUUACACUUCCAAUUAGUGACGCUUAAAGGCAUUUCCUAAUAUACUGAACGUACUGUAGAUACUGCAGUUAGUACAGAAUCAAAAUAGACAUAAUGUGUGGGACAAUAUGUUAAAUUUAUGAGUUAUGAGAGUUUGUCUUCAGAUUGCAUUACUUCACCUCUACCAAUAGCUGAAAAUUGACAGAUUUUCUUGAAUAAAUUAGGUGUUUUCUGUUAGGUAAAACUGUAGCUGUGUUAUGAGUAUGAUUCAAGUAAUACCUGAUGGUAAAAAUUUAGUUCAUACUGUAGAAUAGAAUUCUAGAUUUAAGAAGAAUAAACAAUUUCACUAGUAUCUUUUUGAGUAUAAAUUGCAAACUUGCAUUAUGCAAACAUUAGCUCGUGAGCUUUCCUAUAUUAUUAUUCACCUCAGAUUUGCACUUGAAAUGCAAUUUGUUAAAGUUUCCUUUUUAGGUUCAGAUCCACAAGUAUGCUAUUCCACAUACAUGUCCUGUUUGGAAAUUACAGAGUAUUUUUAAUCCAAAUCACUGUUUUCACACUGGAAACUUAACAUUCAAGAUUAGUCACUUUAGGGUGAAAAUAAUACAUGAGGCAGACACAAGUUUUGGUAGCUCAUAAAAUAGGCCAUACAUCAGUAAUCACAUAAAGUAUUUUAAAUUAAAAGUGCGGGUGCAUUUGAAAGGUAAAUUCUAUUUCUAUAUAAAAUCUAGAGUAUUUUGGACAUAUUUUGAUAUCGUGUGAAAAUUUUGACUUGGUUACUUGGUUAGUGGAAGAGAAGGUAUUCCAUUGGUGCAAUAGAGUUCCAAUAAUAUUUGACUAAAAUGAAGAAAUAGGGGGCAAUGUGAACACCUGUGAGAGAACAUAAACAUUUUACAGACUAUAAAGAAACAUGUCUUUUUUUAACGUUCCUGUGCACCAAGAAAUUUCCAAUUAUUUGCACCAGGUAAAAGCAAGGAGGCCAAAAAAAUAAAUGAAAUUGCUAGGGAGCGAUUAUUUAGCUGUGUUUGUGAAAUAUCUAUAUUUAAUGAAAUACCUAGUUUUGUAUGAAUCAUGUGGGAGUGACUUAAGACAGUAUGCACUGGAACAAUCUAACUUGGGACCUGAGAAAUGACUCUUGAGUACAUUUUUAACUGGAAGCUUUUUCUGCUGUGCAUUGAAAGAUUGUAUAUGUUAUUAAUAAACCAUAUUUAAAGGGGACUGUGA